AUGGCUAUCAAGCAGAGAAUUCCUCAUGAUGCCACCCCGACCAAGGACAGCCAGGAGAAUGGAUCAACUACAGCAAAGAAGUUCACCGAUGGCGCCUCAGAUGAGUUUGAGUUUGGCGGUUCGCUCGGUGUGACGUUGUUGAUGAUUGGAUUUCCUCUAGUGAUGUGGUAUAUGUGGAUUGGAGCCACAUACUACGACGGCAUGCUUCCUAUGCCCGAGUCCAACCAGACAUGGACUGAAUUCGGCCGUCACCUGUGCCAUUUAGUCUACGAAGGCGCCUAUCCAUCCGCAAAAGCCUGGGCCAUCUUUUGGACAUUCUUCAUCGUUGAGGCUCUCAUGUACUGCUACAUGCCUGGAGUUUCAGACUUCGGCCGACCAUUACGGCACGAAGGUGGCAAGAGACUUCCCUACUACUGCUCUGCGUACUGCAGCUUCUACGCAACGCUCGCUAUUGCUGCUGUCUUGCAUGUCACUCGUGUGUUCCCGCUGUACACCCUGAUUGAUGAGUUUGGUCCUAUCAUGAGUGUCGCUAUCUUGUCGGGCUUCCUCAACAGCUUCAUCGUCUAUGUCCAAGCUAUUGUCCGUGGAAGGACCCACAGACUAUCCGGUUCUCCCAUCUAUGACUUCUUUAUGGGGGCUGAACUGAAUCCUCGUAUUGGCAUUUUGGAUUUCAAAAUGUUCUACGAGGUCCGCAUUCCGUGGUUCAUUCUGUUCCUCAUCACUUGCUCCGUGGCUGCUCGGCAAUACGAAAGAUAUGGCUAUGUCUCUGCCGAGGUGAUUUUCUUGGCUGGCGCACAUUACUUGUACGCCAACGCUUGUGCCAAAGCGGAGCAGAUGAUCAUUACCAGCUGGGACAUGUACUUUGAAAACCUGGGAUUCUUGCUCACGUUCUGGAACUUGGCCGGUGUGCCCUUCACCUAUUGCCAUUGCGCUCUUUACUUGGCCAACCACCACCCGUCGGAAUAUCAGUGGAGCCGCCCUGCCCUCGCUGUAUUCUCUGUUCUGUAUCUCUUCUUUUAUUGGAUGUGGGACAGCGCCAAUGGCCAGAAGAACGCAUUCCGUCACCGGGCAAGAGGUCAACUCAUUAAGCGGAACACGUUCCCCCAGGUCCCAUGGCAGGCUAUUGAAAACCCCAAAACCAUCAAGACUGAUGUUGGCGACGAUCUCAUGGUUGAUGGCUGGUUUGCAAUUAUCCGCAAGCCGAACUAUGUCCCUGACAUGUUCUUCUCUAUGUCGUGGGGUCUGAUCACUGGUUUCAAGAGCCCCUUCCCUUGGUUCUAUUUCGUCUUUUUCAUGAUCAUGAUCAUCCACCGCACCAACAGAGAUACCAACAGAUGUCGCAGGAAGUACGGCGAGGCCUGGAAGCGUUAUGAGCAAGAGGUUCCCUACUUAUUCAUCCCAUAUGUGAUUUGA